UUCGAAGGCACAGAAAAUUUCGCUCAAUGGUCAUACCCACCAACUCCCUUCUCCAUCCAAAGCGGCAACCUUCCCUGCAUCCUUUGAGUGCGACGGUGAGAGUACAGCCAUGGCCGCUUCUUCUUCCUUGACCGCAUUACACCCCCACUUAGCCCCGACAAUCUCCGGCCGCCGUCCCGCAGCCGCCGCGCAAUCCCAACUCGAUCUCCUCACCCUCCCUGCAGCCGGCCUCCGCUUCAGCCUCCGGCUUAACCCUAAAGCAGCCGAGGUGAAAGUGAGUUCUCGGCGGGUUGGUGCGAUUCGAUCAGCUGUGAUUGAGGAAGCGGAGGGUAAACCGGCGACCCAAGACCUGUUUGAGAAGUCCGUGAACACGAUUCGGUUCCUGGCCGUCGAUGCGGUGGAGAAGGCUAACUCCGGCCACCCGGGGCUCCCCAUGGGAUGUGCUCCGUUGGGCCAUAUCCUUUUCGACGAGUUCAUGCAUUUCAACCCUAAGAAUCCGUACUGGUUUAAUCGGGAUCGAUUCGUGCUCUCUGCGGGCCAUGGAUGCAUGCUUCAUUACGCUCUGCUCUACCUUACUGGGUAUGAUAGCGUUAAGGAUGAGGAUUUGAAAGCUUUCAGACAGUGGCAAAGUAAAACUCCUGGUCAUCCUGAGAAUUUUGAAACUCCGGGCAUCGAAGUCACCACUGGUCCUCUUGGUCAGGGUAUUGCAAAUGCUGUCGGAUUAGCGCUUGCUGAGAAACACUUAGCCGCCCGCUUCAAUAAACCUGAUUUGGAGAUCAUUGACCAUUACACGUAUGUUAUACUCGGCGAUGGCUGCCAAAUGGAGGGAGUAUCGAACGAAGCAUGCUCUCUUGCUGGCCACUGGGGUCUUGGGAAAUUGAUCGCUUUCUAUGAUGACAAUCAUAUUUCCAUUGAUGGUGACACAGAAAUCGCAUUCUCUGAGGAUGUCAAUGCUCGCUUUGAUGCUCUUGGAUGGCACACUAUCUGGGUAAAGAAUGGCAACAAAGGCUAUGAUGAGAUUCGUACCGCAAUCAAGGAAGCUAAAGCUGUCAAAGACAAGCCCACAUUGAUAAAGCUUACAACCACCAUUGGUUAUGGAUCACCGAACAAGGCGAACUCAUACAGUGCGCAUGGAAGUGCAUUGGGUGCCAAGGAAGUUGAAGCAACUAGGAAAAACCUUGGAUGGCCUUAUGAUCCUUUCCAUGUGCCUGAGGAUGUUAAAAGCUACUGGAGCCGGCAUAUCUCUGAUGGUGCAGCUCGUGAGUCUGAAUGGAGUUCUAAGUUCGCAGAGUAUGAGAAGAAGCAUAGAGAGGAUGCGACUAUUUUGAAGGGUAUAAUUUCAGGAGCUUUGCCCGUUGAAUGGGAGAAGGCUUUUCCGGCAUAUACUCCGGAAAGCCCUGCCGACGCGACGAGAAAUCUGUCUCAGCAAUGUCUUAACGCACUGGAGCAAGUUCUUCCCGGACUUAUAGGGGGCAGUGCUGAUUUAGCAUCCUCCAACAUGACAUUGCUGAAGAUGCAUGGUGACUUCCAAAACAGCUCCCCUCAAGAGAGGAACAUAAGAUUCGGCGUCAGGGAACAUGGGAUGGGCGCCAUCUGCAACGGCAUCGCGCACCAUAGUCCCGGCCUCAUCCCUUACUGCGCCACUUUCUUCGCCUUCACGGACUAUAUGAGACCUGCCAUCAGGCUCGCCGCAUUAUCUCAGGCUAGAGUCAUCUUUGUCAUGACUCAUGAUUCCAUCGGACUCGGAGAAGAUGGUCCCACGCACCAGCCCAUCGAACACCUAAUGAGCUUUCGGAUGAUGCCGAACAUCUUGAUGCUCCGGCCGGCGGAUGGAAAUGAGACCGCCGGGGCCUACAGGGUCGCCGUUCUCAACAGGAAGCGGCCGUCCAUCCUCGCUCUUUCACGCCAGAAACUCGCUCAGCUUGGGGGGACUUCAUUGGAAGGAGUUGAGAAGGGGGGAUAUAUAAUCUCAGACAACUCUUCAGGGAAUAAGCCUGAUCUUAUCCUCAUUGGAUCUGGGUCGGAGUUGGAAACGGCCGCGAAAGCGGCGGAGGAGCUGAGGAAGGAGGGGAAGGGGGUGAGGGUUGUGUCGCUUGUUUCGUGGGAAUUGUUUGAGGAGCAGUCUGAUGAGUACAGAGAGAGUGUGCUUCCGAAGGCAGUUUAUGCGAGGAUAAGCAUCGAGGCCGGGUCGACGUUUGGGUGGGAGAGAUAUGUCGGAAAGAAGGGGAAAGCGAUUGGGAUUGAUAGGUUUGGGGCGAGUGCACCGGCGGGGAGAAUAUAUAAGGAGUUUGGAUUGACUGCAGAGAAUGUCAUUGCUGUGGCGAGAUCUCUGUGAGUUUGUAUUGGUUAUGUUGUUGGCUUUGAAUCCUGAAAAUAGGGUUCUAUUCUGCACGCUUAUCUUGAGGAGAGUUUAAUUUAAGGUGUUCGGUAUGGGCUUUGGGGCAAUAAUAAUGCAUUCUGAGCAUUUCUUGUUACUAAAACUAUUGUUUUUCGUGAUACUAAGAAGUUCAAUCUUU